AUGGGUACCAUCCCGAAACAUCUCCAAGCUCAGACAGACAAUGCUACAUUUGUCAAUCUGAGCGACGUUACUGCUGUAACUACUCUUGUUGACACCGCUCUUAUUAUGGUAGAUCCCGUUUACACUGUUGUUCAACCAGUUGAUGUAAGCCAACCUCUCUUUCAAACUGGCCCCAAUAGAUUUGUUGCAGUCUACCUGUGGGGAAUGCCUUAUAACUACACUCCACAGUUUGCUAGUGGGAAGGAAAAGAUUCGUGAUAUUGAAGGUUUCUCUGCUCAUGGUUUGAAUGCUAGAGAGUUGUGCUUAGUGUCGAAUGUUGUGCUCUCGCAGAAAUUCAAGGUACUUGACUUGCCCAAGUACAGAGGUUUGAGUUGUCCUCGCAGUUACAUAACUAUGUAUUGUAGGAAGAGGGCUUCUUACAUUGACAAUGAUGAGUUACUAAUCCAUUACUUCCAAGACAGCCUAUAUGGGGCAUCAUUAGAUUGGUAUAUGAAUUUGGAACUGGGGAAGAUAAGGACUUGGAAAGAUUUGUCUAAGGAAUUCUUGAAUCAGUACAAGUAUAAUCUAGAUAUGGCUCCUACAAGAUUGCAGCUACAGAGUCAGUCACAAAGGUCUAAUGAGACAUUCGAAGAGUACGCGUAG